CGCCGCCGCUCCGAACAGCCCGCGCUGCCGGCUUCGCACCGCCCCUACCAGGGCAGCGCUUCCGCUUCCCGCCGGUGCGGCGGCCAAGGGGCUCCGCUUCCCUUCCCUUCCCCUCAGCCGCGGCGGGAGGGCGGCCAUGGCCAGUUACACCAAGGCGGCCCAGCAAUGGGCUACCUUUGCCAGAGCCUGGUAUCUGCUCGAUGCGAAGAUGCAGCCACCAGGAAAAAUAGCAGCUGCAGCUGUCAUGAGGCUUGAAGGCAAGCAUAAACCUAUUUAUCAUGCACUAAAUGACUGUGGAGAUCAUGUGGUCAUAAUAAAUACAAGACAUAUUGCCUUCUCUGGAAACAAAUGGGAACAGAAAGUAUAUUCUUCACAUACUGGAUAUCCUGGUGGCUUCAAACAAGUGACAGCAACUCAGCUCCACUUGAAGGAUCCAACUGCUAUUGUUAAACUGACUGUUUAUAGAAUGCUUCCAAAAAACCUUCAGAGAAGAACUAUGAUGCAGAGGCUGCACCUUUUCCCAGAAGAUGUUAUUCCAGAAGAUAUAGAGAAGAAUCUUCUACAAGAGAUUCCUCAGCCACGUGUAGUCCCUAAGAGGUUAGAUGAGUAUACACCAGAAGAAAUUGCUGCCUUUCCGAAGAUUUGGACUCCACCUAAAGAUUUCCGAAGGAGGUAAUUCAAAGAAGAAAACCUGCCAUCAGGAAUGUCUCUUCUCCUUGAAAAGAAAUUCUUCUAACAUAGAAGCUUCUGUGCAUCUCGGCCAUCCCUUCUAUACAGAAUGGUUUUGACAGGUGUUAGCAAACUUUAUUUGGGAAGACUAUAAAGAUCAUUGUGUUAGAAACAGCUAACAAUAAAUAUUAUGUAUUAAUACCAGCGGUA